UGUUUUCUGGGAUUUUCCCUCAAAGUGUAAACACACGCCGACAGAAGAAAAAAAACACUUAGCUCCUUCCGUGUCUGGAAACCAACAAAAAAAACAGUCUUACGUUGGUUAGAACAACACGUGUGGUCGGGUCUUUUCUCUUGGUCUCAGAGAGGUGGUAAAAUGAAGGGGGCUCAGGUGGGGGGGACAGUGGGCGACAGGUUGAAGUGUCCACCGCCGAUGUCCUGGAUGUGUCUCGGCUUGUGCGCACAUACAAACAAGAAAACACGCAAGUCUCUCAGGCGCGUUUUGGCACAGCUAUAACCACGCAAGCACAGGUUUGAGUCGGGUCGGGACUAUGGAUCUACAUCCCCCCGCAAGAAGGACUCCACACACCGCGGUCGUGUUUGUGUUGCCGUCGUUGUUGCUGGCUUCCUGUGUAGGCUGCAAUGUUCCUGCUUAUCAACUCAUCAAUCUCUCUCUGCCGCUCACACACACAUGUACUAAAAAUGUCGCCCGAGAAAGACGCGUUGAGACACUCCGAGGGGUUUAGCACCCAAUCCAACCCAAACAGCACUCGGAGGUGAACUCAUGGCGACGGCCCUGGAAGCACUCCUCGUCGAAGACAAUGAUCUGACGGGGACAAAUCAGGAGAUGUUAAGGCAGCUGAUAUAUGAUGAAUGAACUCACCUUCCAGUGGCCGGAGAACUUGGUGCAAUGGCAGGCCAGUGGGGCCGGUGGCGUUUCUAGGCUUUGGGAUGACCCGGUGGCUUUGGCACAGGCCAACUGUGAUGACGAGAGGCUUUCUUUUGUGCUAUGAGCCUCUACGUUUGGCCUUUGCCAGAGUAUAAAAGCUUGGGUCGAGCGCUGAAGGGACCAGCACGAGCCAGCCUCCCUAACACGGCACUGCAAGCUAUACUAACGCAGACUCUCCUGAAGCCCCUCACCAUGUCUCAGACUGCCAAGUCCGCCUCCAGCCAGGGCACAGAUGCCAAGGACAAGGGAGCCCCCGCUCCAGCUGCUUCCAGCAAGGCCACCAAGACCGGAGAGCCUGGCAUGGGAUCUUUCAGAGUCAUGCUGUUCGACCAGGAGAACUUCCAGGGCAGGAUGAUCGAGGUCCAGAAUGAGUGCAUGAACGUGUGUGACCGUGGCUUGGAUAGAGUGCGUAGUAUCAUUGUGGAGUGCGGCCCCUUUGUUGCCUUUGAGCAGACUAACUUCCGUGGGGAGAUGUUCAUCCUGGAGAAGGGAGAGUAUCCUCGCUGGGAUACCUGGAGCAACUCCUACCGCAGUGACUGCCUCAUGUCCCUCAGGCCCAUCCGCAUGGACAGCUUGGAGCACAAGAUCUGCCUGUAUGAGCUCUCCGACUUCAAGGGCAACAAGAUGGAGAUCCAGGAGGAUGAUGUGCCCACCCUCUGGGCGCAUGGCUUCUGCGACAGAGUGGGCAGCGUGAGGGUGCCCGGAGGAGCGUGGGUGGGCUACCAGUACCCUGGAUACAGAGGCUACCAGUACCUGUUUGAGUGUGGUGACUACAGACACUACAACGACUUCUGCGCCUUCCAGCCCCAGAUCCAGUCCAUGCGUCGUAUCAGGGACAUGCAGUUCCACCAGAGAGGAUGCUUCACCUUCACCUCUGCCAGCAAGUGAAUGACACCUGCUGGCUGCCGGGUGCUGUUGUAGCCAUUACAGCCCUCUCGCUUAUAUCUCCAAACACCGGCUUUCUCCAAUCCUUUCCUGAAUCUCCACCAUCAACGCUCCAUCCCAAAGGAAAGACAGAAUGAGAGCGAAUACACUGGACAACCUUAACUGACUUUUUAUGGUGCUAAAAAAUAA